UUUAAUUUUUUCUAUUUAUAAUUUUUUUACAUUUUCAGCCGCGCAGAAUUCGUGGUUCGUAAAAUGUUCAGACACAGCCUGCACCUGCCACCUACAGUCCAUUUUGCGCGGGCUAAACUUCGUCUCGGAUAAUUACUUUUUCCGCGUUGCCUUGUCCACGCUUGACGUCCAUUCGGUGGGUUCUUUCGAGUUGACCACUAAAUCGUUGCGAACAAAUAACAGAACAAUCGCCGACCACUGCAAUGACCACUGCUCAUAGGCCCACGUUCGACCCGGCCCAAGGCAGGGAGGCCCAAAGGGGACCGGCCUACCACCAACGGUUGCUACCAGCUCACACGCAGCUCAAAUUUCGACAACCUGGACAAGGUUCAGCGCGAGAAGCCGAAGUCCGUGAUCUCAGAGCGGAACUUCUGAAAGCCGAAGCUGCGCAUUUCGCAAAAGUUAAAGGCACACCAAUAGCCGGCGCCGACGAUGAACAGAUACCAGCGGAACCGGCGAAGCGUCAGAUUGAAAGCGGCCCCGAAUCAGCAGACGCCGCAGAUGGGGAAGAGGAUCCUCAAGCAAAACGAAGGCGAAUAUUAGAAGAGUCACGAGAGAUGGACGCGGACUCGGAUAUAAGUGGGAGUGAAGAUAGUGAUGAAGAUAGUGACGAGGAUGAAGAGGAUGAGACGGCAGAGCUACUACGAGAACUCGAGAAGAUCAAGAAGGAAAGAGCAGAGCAAAAGGAACGAGAGGAACGUGAGAAAGCUGCGGCGGCUGAGGAGCAGCGCGAAUUUGACAUUGCACGCGGCAAUCCAUUACUGAACCCUCAGGACUUUAGCGUCAAGAGAAGAUGGGAUGACGAUGUCGUGUUCAAGAAUCAGGCCCGUGGGACGGAGGAUAAACGGAAGAAGGAAUUCGUCAAUGAUCUUCUUCGUUCUGAUUUCCACAAGCGCUUCAUGAGUAAAUACGUGCGUUAAGGUGCAAGUUGUCUCAAGGAGGAUUAUUCCAUCUCAACAUCUCGGCGCGUUUGUCUUUUGCCAUAUUGAUUGUGUCUGGCGCGGAGUUUGGACAGGGAGCACUCAGUUUAGAUUGGUCCCUUGCAUUUGGACGGAUUACUUGACAAUAAACAAUUUGAA